GAAGAGGCCGCCGCGAAGCUUCGCAAGAUGUGUUACGUGUGGCCCGAUGGCGAGAAGGUCUCUUUCGAGCAGCACUCGCUCCGGUGGCUGAGCAAGGCGUUUGCCGCCUACGGCCCGCCGGGGCCUGUGACGGAUAUUGUGAACCUGGCGUUCGGCAUGAUGUCGAAUGACACGCCGCGCACCGCCGGGACCACCGAGGGGACUGUGGUGGACAUGGUCCUCAAGCUCGGCCAGAAGAUCAUGUCCAGGGACUUCCGCGACCUGUGGAUCCCCACCCACUUCGCCAUGGACGCCGAGACCGACGACUCCCUCUGCUGGCUGCUCCUCGAGUACAUCCACAGGGUCCGCGGCUCCAAGCUGAACCUGAUGAUACAGCUGCCCACGGACCCCGUGGUGGAUGGGUUGGCGACCGACUUUGCGAAGGCUGGAAUCGGCAAGAUACUUCGAGACCCAGAUUCUGCCAACGCCAACGCGAUCAAGAAGUAUUGGGCUCUCUGA